AUGGAUCAAUAAGAACAAAAAUUUGAAAGCUUGGAGAACUUUUUAGAAUCUUCUCUCUCUACUCAUACAGAUGUAUCUAUUGAAUUAUUAUAUCAGUCUAUUGGAGCCAAAGGAAUAUCAGAUUUAAGUUCAGGAUUAUAAAAGUGUUCGAAUUUAAAAUCUUUGAAGCUUGACCUCGAAUCUAACGAAAUUGGAGCAUAAGAUGCAGCAAUUUUAGGUUCUGGAUUAGUAAGCUGUGAUAAUCUCACAAAUUUGUAUCUUAAUCUUGGCGAAAAUCACAUUGGUGAUGAAGGUAUAUCAAGUAUAGGAUCUGCUUUAGCUAAGUGCACUAAACUCACCACUUUAUCUAUGAAUUUAGAGAAAAGUUAAAUUGGAGCAUCUGGUAUUCAAGAAUUUGCAUCUUCUUUAGGAAAAUGCUCUAAUCUCUCAUCUUUUGAAUUGAAUGCCUUCCGUAGUAGCAUUGGAGAAACUUUUGCAUCUAAUUUAGUCUCUGGUUUAGCUAAUUGCUCAAACCUCUCAGCAUUAAAACUCUAAUUUAAGAAUAAUGAAAUUGGUAAUUUAGGGGCUUAAAACUUAGGUUCAGCAUUAUCAAACUGUAGCAAUCUCUAAAAUUUAACUCUUGACCUCUCGAGUAAUUCUAUUGGUAAUGAAGGAUUAUAAGAUUUAAGUUCAGGGUUGGCAAAAUGUUCUAAUCUCACAUCCUUGGUUCUUACCCUUAUGGAAAACAAUAUUGAUGAAGAAAGUACCUCCUGUUUAGGUUCAGCUUUAACAAAUUGUGUUAACCUUUCAAAGUUGAUUUUGGAGCUUAAUAUCAACCGCAUUGGAAAUAAAGGGGCAUUGAACUUAUGCGCAGCUUUAGGAAACUGUAACAAACUUUCAGAUUUACAUUUAGAUUUGACAGAAAAUAAUAUUCAAAAUGAAAGUGAUUUUGCAGCUGCUUUAGCAAAGAGUGCUAGUAUCCAAAUUUUGACUCUUCGUUUAUGGGAUAAUAAUUUGGAGGCUAAUGGUGCUAUAAACUUAUGCUCUGGUUUAGCAAAUAGUGAUAAAAUUUAAACUUUGAAUCUAUAUCUUAAUGAGAAUAAAAUUGGUAAUGAAGGUGCAUAAGGCAUGAGUUAAUCUUUAUCAAAGUGCCUUAAUUUAUCAAGCUUGACUCUUGAACUUUCUGGUAACUCUAUUGGUAACAAUGGUGUAUCAGGUUUGGGCUCUGCUUUAACAAACUUUUCUAAUCUCUCAAAAUUAAGUCUCAAUUUAGGGAUUAAUGAUAUAAGCAAAGAGGGAGCUGAAAACUUAGGUUCUUCUUUAACAAAAUGCGCUAACCUUUCAAUUUUAGAUCUUGAUAUCUAUAAUAAUAAAAUUGGUAAUGACGGAGCUUCAAGUUUAGUAUCUUCUUUAAAAAAAUGCAGCAAGCUUUAAACUUUGAAUAUCAACUUAUACUAAAACGAGAUAGAGUAGAGUGUUUAGAUAAAACUUAAGAAUAAACUUCAAAAAAUUAAAGGCUUAACUACCUUAAUAAAUAUUGUUGAAGAUGUAGAUGAUGAAGAUCUUUGA